AAAGAGUAAUUUAAUAAAAAGCCAUAUAAACAUAUUUAAUUAAUGGCUCCAAAUAUCGCAUACACAUACAAUUUUCUCUGCCUUGGGUGUGCACACACUUGAGUGGUAUAUUGUUUUUAUAAAAAUUGACGUGUCAGAUAUAUGUGUUAGGUGAAUAUAUAGCAUACCAUAUUGCACACGUCGUUUAGCUAAGCAGAAAGUGGAUGGAGUUCUUGAAGAGUGGCAUCAAGACCGUGCUGGGCAGCACUGAGCCGGGCCAACAGCCCAGUGCAGCCGAAACUGUAGAGAAGCUCGUCGAUCGAGUUUAUUCAUCGACCCUACUGGAGGAUCGCCGUGAUGCAUGCCGGGCAUUGAAAGCGCUUUCACGCAAAUAUCGGAUAGAGGUGGGUGCCCAGGGCAUGCCACCCCUAGUGCAGGUACUGCAAAACGAUGGCCAGGACGCAGAAAUCAUUAGCUAUGCUCUGGAUACGCUAUGCAACAUUGUCACAAGCGAGGAGUUCGACGAGGAAGCCGACAAUCCGGCUGUAUCCGUGAAUGUUGGCGAACAGUUCACCGAAAUGUUCAUCAAAAGCCCCGAGCAUGUCACCCUUGUCAUGGGCUAUCUUGAUGAAUAUGAUUUUCGUGUACGCCGCGGGGCCAUACAAUUAAUCACAUCUUUAAUUGCAAAUAAGACACGUGAACUACAGGAGCUGGUCUUAGUGAGUCCCAUGGGCGUGUCCAAGCUGAUGGACCUGCUCACCGAUAGUCGUGAGGUGAUCAGAAACGACGUGCUCUUGCUCCUCAUUGAGCUGACCAAAGGCAAUUCCAAUAUACAGAAGAUUGUGGCAUUCGAGAAUGCGUUCGAUCGUCUGUUUGAUAUUGUACGCGAAGAGGGCUGUUCGGAUGGUGGCAUUGUUGUCGAGGAUUGUCUUAUUUUGCUGCUAAAUCUACUCAAAAACAAUUCCAGCAAUCAGCAGUUCUUUAAGGAGGGCUCCUACAUACAACGAUUGGCUCCAAUGUUUUUGCUAAACAACUCCAAUAGCAAUUCAGAUGCGGACGACAGCGCUUGGACCCCGCAGAAGGUAUCCAAUUUCCAUUGCCUGCUGCAGGUGGUGCGGGCCUUGGUUACGCCCAGCAAUCAGCAGCAAGUAGUCACUGCGUGCCAGCGGGUAAUGCAAAAAUCGCAACUGCUGCAGGCCCUCUGCGAUAUCUUAAUGAGCAGCGGAGUACCAGCGGAUAUAUUGACGGAGACAAUUAAUGCUGUGGCGGAGGUAGUGCGAGGGGAUCGUGAGAAUCAGGACGAGCUGAGCCGCGUUCAAGCGCCCAGUCAACCACCAAGGCCGGCCAUUGUAGUCCUGCUCAUGUCCAUGAUCAAUGAGAAACAGCUUCUAGCGCUACGCUGUGCGGUGCUCUAUUGCUUUGAAUGCUAUCUCUAUCGCAACUCGGAUGGUCAGCGUGCAGUGGUGCAGACGCUAUUGCCAUCCAGUGCCACAGAUGUCAGCUCGCUAUCCACCGGGCAGCUGCUGUGCACAGGUCUCUUUUCCACAGACACGCUGGCCAAUUGGUUUGCUGCUGUGGCCCUUAUGCAUACGCUCGUCGAGAAUGUCGCCCAGAAGGAGGAGCUGUUGCGUGUGCUCCUGGCAACGCCUGGCGGACAACGACCCAUUACACUGCUGGAGCAAUGCACAAAUCUCAUGCAGCAGGAGCGAUAUCGCCUGCAGAGUAAAGUGGGUCUGCUAAUGCUGCUCAGCGUUUGGUUGGCUCACUGUCCAAGCGCAGUCAAAGCUUUGCUCGAGACACAGGGCACCAUGGCCUACCUAACUGCCCAGCUGUGCGCCAAUGAGCAUGAUGAACGUGAGUAUCUCGUGCAGGGCAUGUGCGCCUUUCUCAUGGGCCUCUGCAUACAGUUCAACGAUAAUUCGCUGCCCACCCAGCGGCGGGAGGACAUCAGUCAGUUGAUCAUCAAGCGCAUCGGGCAGGAGACCUUCUGCAACAAGCUGAGCGAAGUGUCGCGCCACGAGGCGUACAGCCGGGCAUGCAAGCAGGCUCAGAUACGCGCCAAGGGCGCCAGUGAACUGCUGCUUGAUUACGAGUACUGCAAACUGUACAAGGGUCUGGAGGCGUUGAUAGCCAAGCUGGUCAGCGGCUUCGACGUGGAUGGCAUUGAACUAACCGAGCUUACACUGAGCUCAGAGGCCUCCGCUUUGGUGGCUCAAUAUAAGGGCAUCAUACGCGGCAUGGAUGCGCAAAUCCAAACUCUAGAGCAGUCCAGCAAGCAGCUGGAGCAGCAGAAUGUUGAGCUCAAGGAGCAACUUAGCCAGGAGCAAUCGCUCAAGGCGCAGCUAGCCGAUCAGAAUACGCUGCUCAAAGCACAGCUGGCGGCGCAGCCAACAGCAGCAACUGCAGCCACAACGACUACUGCAACUGCAACCGCAGCUCCAGAGCACCCAGCAGAGGUUGUAAACGAAGAGCAACUGAAUGCAGCUCGCUAUCAAGCGAACAUGUACUUUGCAGAGAACAUACGUAUGACCAAGGAACUGGAGACACUGCGUCAGCAAUUGGCAGCGGAAAAGCAGCGAGCGGAUGCAGCCAAUGAGUCUUUGCUAGCGACACAAAAGGAUCAGGAAGAUUUGCUCGAGCUGCUAGCCGAUCAAGAGGCCAAGCUGGCGCGCUACGAGUCGCCGACAAAUGCAGCAAACGACACAAACAGCAGAUAACUUGCGACAGGUGAACCUUUCUAUAAAGAUGUGGAUUGUAUUAACACACACGCACAUUGUAUGUGUUCUACAUGGAUGUGGAUUGUAUUAAGACACGCAAACGCCUAUAAAGCUGUUGAGUGUGUGGAAAGCUCGACUCAAUGCCAACUGCCCCUCUCCUUAUGCAUUCUUAUUGUUUUUACAAGUAUACAUACCAUUUAUAUAGGUAGCACACACACACACAGGCACACACAUAUAUACAAAUAUACACAUAUAUAGAUAUAUAGAUAUAUAAUGUAAUUGAUCUGUUUCUCAAGUCACACGAAUUAGAAGAGAUCUGUUUACGACUCUAUCUGCAUUUGUGCAAUCUGUUCUACCAAGUUUUGUGACAUGUUCCCCCAUCAGAAGUGAAAUAAAUAGCAAAUACAUUAUUAUACAAAUAUAA